AUGUCCACAAAAGGAAUCUUACACAAAGAUCUUGAGCUUCUCAUUGAUGAUGAAAGAGAGCUCCCCUUGGCGCUCAAGAAAGACCAUAACUUCGUUCAGACAACAAUAAACCUAAUAGAUUACAAGACAAGCAACAGCAACAUUAGCUUGAAACAACAUUGCUCUUGUUGCGGAGAGUGUUUGAAGAACAACAGUUCUUUCCUUGCUCCUGCUCCUUCUCCAAGGGUUCCCUACAACAAGCUGUCUGAGAAUGAAUAUGAGUUUAGGGUUUUGGAUGUGGACAGAACACUGAGUGUUGUAAGAGGAGGUAACAUUUUCUUUGGGACUCCUCUUAGAAAACUCCCUUCUGGCAUGGGUGAUUCAAACGAUGAAUCCAUCCUUCAUCAGCUCAAGAAAGAGUGCCAAAGAAUGAUGGAUGAACAAGAAGCUUUGCAGUCUAUGAGUAGUGACUUGGAAAAGAAGGAAGAGGAGAUUAAGGAGCUUGAAGAUGAACUUGAGGCUUACAAAGAGAGACAUAUGGAUGUUUAA